GCUGCGGUAGGCAGUGGGGAGUUGUAACGUGAGGCCGUUGCCAGAUUUGGAGUGGCGGGCGCCCCUUGCUCUCCUCAGUCUGGCAGAGAGAAGCUAGUCGUUGGUGCACAGUGCCUUGUGAAUGCCACACUGCAGCGGCGACCCGGUCUUGUGCUGGGAACUGCUGACCUUGUGGCUGCGGCUGACAGCAGGCUCCAGAAGCCCAGCCCUUGAUGCCUGCUGAAUUAGGGAUGUUUUUCUUCAUCCUUUAUCAAGGGCGACUCAUUGUUUCUCUUGACACUAGUGUGUGCACAAGUAAUUGAAAUUUAUUAUGUAGAAAGUAAAACUGAUGGGUCAACUGCCAGGAAAGCAAGAGAUAAUUUUUUUUUUUUUGUGGAUUUAAUUUCCUAAGUUCUUGAGGCCGGUUAGGACUGAGCGAACCUGGAUGAACUGCCUCUCUAUUGCCGGGAAGGAAUUACCAAGAAAGCACAUGUAAUUAGGAGGCGGAUGUGCUGUGGAUUCUAGAAUAUUUAGCAGUGUCCAUCUACUGGAUGCCACUUGUGCCUCUGAAAAUCAUUGCCUGUGGCUCUGAGCAAGGAUAGUGUGUAGACUUCUCUGUUGCCAGCACUGGAUCAGUGACUACAGGAUAAGAUAUUAGAGGGUCACAGUAUUUACCAGCUGGAGGAUGUUUGCAGUGAAUAAUCAGAAAGUAUUCAGUGUACAUCUUAAUACCAUGUGCUACUGUAAACUAAAAGCAAUUUUAAAAAGAUCAAAGACUCGGGUGCCUCUUCGAAGAAACUACAGCUCCCCAGCAGGUGUAAUAGGAAAUGAUGUCAAAUCCCUUCACUCCAUCAUUAGCCCUCCUGUGGCAAAAAUCCGUAAUAUUGGAAUUAUGGCUCAUAUUGAUGCAGGCAAAACUACCACCACAGAACGAAUUCUGUACUAUUCUGGAUACACAAGAUCAUUGGGAGAUGUCGAUGAUGGAGACACAGUGACAGAUUUCAUGGCUCAAGAGCGAGAAAGAGGCAUUACCAUCCAGUCGGCAGCUGUGACCUUUGACUGGAAAGGGUAUAGAGUCAAUUUGAUUGACACACCAGGUCAUGUGGACUUUACCUUGGAGGUUGAACGCUGCUUGAGAGUGUUGGAUGGUGCAGUGGCCGUGUUUGAUGCCUCUGCUGGUGUAGAGGCCCAGACUCUUACCGUGUGGAAGCAAGCUGACAAACAUAAGGUACCCCGGAUCUGUUUUUUAAACAAGAUGGACAAAACUGGAGCAAGUUUUAACUAUGCCGUCGAAAGCAUCAGGGAGAAGUUAAAGGCAAAGCCUCUGAUUUUACAGCUGCCGAUUGGUGAAGCCAGAACUUUCCAAGGAGUGGUGGAUGUAGUAAACAAAGAAAAACUUCUCUGGAAUUCUAACUCUGGUGAUGGAAAAGACUUUGAGAGAAAACCCCUCUUGGAAACAAGUGAUCCGGAAUUGCUGAAGGAGACUAUUGAAGCAAGGAACUCCUUAAUUGAACAAGUUGCUGAUUUGGAUGAUGAAUUUGCUGACUUGGUUUUAGGAGAAUUUAGUGACAAUUUUGAUUUGGUACCAGCUGAAAAGCUACAGACCGCGAUCCACAGAGUGACGCUGGCUCAGGCCGCAGUGCCUGUGCUGUGUGGGAGUGCCUUGAAAAAUAAGGGUGUGCAGCCCUUGCUGGAUGCCAUCACUAUGUACCUGCCAUCACCUGAGGAGCGCGAGCAUGGCUCUCUGCAGUGGUAUAAGGGUGACUUGUGUGCACUGGCGUUUAAAGUGCUGCACGACAAGCAGCGAGGACCCCUGGUUUUCCUGCGCAUUUACUCGGGCACACUGAAGCCCCAGUUGGCCAUCCAUAACAUCAACAGAAACUGCACGGAGAGAAUGAGUCGCCUGCUUUUGCCAUUUGCUGACCAGCAUGUGGAGAUCCCUUCCUUGACUGCUGGCAACAUUGCUUUGACAGUUGGUCUUAAACAAACUGCCACUGGAGACACCAUCGUCUCUUCCAAGUCCAGCGCCUUAGCUGCAGCCCGUCGAGCGGGAAGGGGAGAAAAGAAGCACGGGAAAAACAAUGAAGCAGAGAGUCUGCUGUUGGCAGGGGUGGAGAUCCCAGAACCUGUUUUCUUCUGCACCAUAGAACCCCCAUCAGUGGCUAAGCAACCAGAUUUGGAUCAUGCCUUGGACCGCCUUCAGCGUGAAGAUCCCAGUUUAAAAGUGAGGAUUGAUCCUGACUCUGGACAAACAGUCCUGUGUGGUAUGGGGGAGUUACAUAUUGAGAUUAUUCAUGACCGAAUCAAGAGGGAAUAUGGCCUAGAGACCUAUCUAGGGCCUCUGCAGGUGGCAUACCGGGAAACCAUCUUAAACUCAGUUCGUGCCUCAGAUACUCUAGACAGGACUUUAGGCGACAAGCGGCAUUUUGUGAGCGCAGAACUGGAAGCCCGGCCAGGGGAAGCACCGUCCAGCAGGGCUGUGAUUGAGUAUGCUGACUGUGUCAGUGAAGGUCUAGUGCAGGCCUCCCGAGAAGCCAUUGAAAAUGCCGUCCACAGUGCGUGCCUCCAGGGACCUUUACUUGGAUCUCCAGUUCAAGAUGUGGCAAUAACGUUACACUCCUUGAUGAUUCACCCCGGCACCUCCACUACUAUGGUUAAUGCCUGUGUCUCAAGAUGUGUUCAAAAGGCCCUGAAGAAAGCUGAGAAGCAGGUGCUGGAGCCGCUGAUGAGUCUUGAGGUAACAGUGCCUGGAGAUUACCUCAGCCCCGUCCUGGCAGACUUGGCCCAAAGAAGAGGGAAUAUUCAGGAAAUUCAAACUCGCCAGGACAGCAAGGUUGUUAUAGGAUUCGUUCCUUUAGCAGAAAUGAUGGGAUAUUCAACUGUGCUUCGAACGCUGACUUCAGGCUCGGCUACUUUUGCCUUAGAAUUCUCUACUUAUCAAGCCAUGAGUCCUCAAGACCAAACUGCUCUGCUCAACCAGAGAAGUGGUUUGGCCCAAGUGCUUUAGGUCCUUGGAAACACAGGGAAAUGCCCAGAAAAAAGCAUGUACCUGCUUCGUUCUCAGUAAGAGUGCUGUUUUAUUCAUUGGCUGGUAAAUUACUGCUUUGGUGUAUGAAAAGAACUUGACAAAAGAUGUAGAUACUGGCAUUGGAGCUGCAUUCUAAUUCUGUGUGGAACGUGCUUUGCUAUAAAUGCACCUCCACUCUGUGCCCUGGUUGGAUCCCUUCCCUCUCUGUUACUGUGGCAAAUAACCUGUCCAGGGCAGCUUAUAAAAGGGUUUGUUUUUGGCUCAAGGUUUCGAAGGAGAAUCCGUAAUUGCAGGGACAGCAAGGCAGCAGGAAGCUGUGAGAAAGCCCACCUUUAACCUCAAGCACGGCAGAGUGCAAACCAAAAUUGGGGCCUGGCGGUGAGCUCUCCAAGUCCAACCAGUAAUGAACUUCCUCAAGCAAGGCUGUAUUUCCUGGACCUCCACAAAUAGCAUCCACUGGGAAGCACAUGUCGGAAGGCCUGGGCCUAUGAGGAACGUUGGUCAUUUAAAAUUUUCUUUUUACAUUCUUUCCUUUGAGUCUUUUGACUACAUACAUGCUUGUAUAUCAUGUGUGUGCCUGAUACCCGUGAAAGUCAGAAGUGGAUGUUAACAUCCCUUGGAGCUGGAGUUAUGGAUGUUUAUGAAGCACCAUGUAGAUCCAGGAGCUGAACUCAGAUUCAGAAUCUGUAAGAGUAGCAAGUGCUCUGAAAUGCUGCGCCUUUGUAGCCAGCAGCUCUCAGUUAAGCCGUCACAGUGAUGAAGGUCAUGUAGCCCUUUGGAGUAUUCGAGUGAUAUCACAAAGCUUUUCCUGUUAUUUUUUAAGCUGCUCAAUUAAAAGAUGCCAGUAUUCGGUGUGUGACACAGAAAGAGAUUCAAUCAAUAAAAAGAUGGUUUAUUAAAAAAACACCUAAACAAAUAUUAAUUUUACAUGAUUUCACAAUCAACAUGAUUAUAGUUCAGACUGCUGUAGACUUUUCUGUUCACGUUUCCUUUCUAUACUCAAGGCUACAAUGUCCAGUAAAGAGAGGCUGUGCAGCUAUUCCACGGCUGUUGACAGAUAACAAAGAGAUGUUUUAGAUUGGUGGCCCUCCCAUCUCAGAUCACUUUAGCAAAUCCCCACUCUGUGAAGAUUUGAUGAUUCUAAUUUAAGCUACUAACUCCUUUAAGAUGGCAGUUACACUAAACAUAUCUUACAGGUGUUGCUUUCCCCCCUGCAACAAUGAGUUUGUAACUUCUACCGAGUAAAUGACUACUUCCUAGGUGAUGUUUUUAUUUAUUGCUAAGCAAAAAGCUGAAGGCAGGAGUUACACUGAAUGCUGGACUUUAGUAAGAUCUUAGGCUGGAAGGGCGUGCCCCUCACCUGACCAUCCUGCACCGGUGGAUCACCAGUCUGUUGUAGGCAUCUUGUAGGUCGGUGACAGUUUGAGGACUCCAGAGCCUCUCACCAACAGCGCUUGCCCGAGGCCUGAAAUUUAAAAUAUGUGUCUCCCAAGGCGGUCAUCUACUUAAGGAAAUUCUUCGGGGCUUUCCUUCUUACACAGAGAAGAGCCAAGGCAUCUUUUAAAGCAUUUGGCAUCCCUUUCAUUCCUUACCAUAAUCUCGGAAUGAGGUUAGUUGCAUCCACAUAUUCUCCCCACAGGCAAGCUUCUCCACCAAUGACUAGUUGUUUCUCCUCCUCAGAACCUGCAUUAAAGUGGUUGAAGGGAAAGGAGUUAAGCCGCACAACACUGGCUUCCUCUCUAUAGUCAUCCCAUGUUCCCUUCCUGUGGGCACCAGAACCUUUAUUCCCACCCUGGCUCCGUGCUAUUCAACAUACAUAGAGGACUAUGGUGAGCCAGGAGGAGGUACUUUUCAUAGGAGCCUGUGCAGACUCGUCUGGACACCUCCUCCCAUUUCUGAUUAGUGGUGUGCCAAGAAAUACAAGUUGGAAUAAUAAAAUUAGCUUCAUUUUAAUGGACCAUGACCACUACUUAUAUUUGGUUUAUAUUCCUUGGUAUUUAGUAACGAAACAAAACAGAGUAACUAAAAACUACUAUUUAGAAUGAUUACUUUUGAUCCUCAAAGUCAUAAUUUUUAGUGGAUCAAUAUUUCUGAGACUUUUAAUCAUAACAUCAUUUUCUAAGCUAAAGACUGAUCUACAAGAACUGUAUAAUUUAGAACUGCUAAUAAAGAAGUUGAAAACCCUGGCCCACCCAACCUGAAAUCCAUAGACGCAAAUGGUAACCUUACUUAGGUGUCCUAAAAGUUAACACACUUGCAGGGUGGUGGUGGCGCACGCCUUUAAUCCCAGCAUUCCGAAGGCAGAGUUUGAGGCCAGCCUGGUCUACAAGAGCUAGUUCCAGGACAGGUUCCAAAAAAACUACAGAGAAACCCUGCCUCAAAAAACAAAACAAACAAAAAACAAAACAAACAAAACAAACAAACAAAAAGGUAACACACUCAACCAUCUCUCAGAUAUAGAAAGCAACUCCAUAAAAAUGGAGGUAAAAUAUAAGGGGGUAUUUCAUUUAAGACUAGCACAUUGUUCCUUCCAGAAGUUAAAAUGAUACCAAAGCUUUAUUUUUAAUAAAAUCAAAGAUCAGUCAUAAUAGGAAUAAUAGGCAUCCAGGUUAGAUUUGGGAGGAGAGUGGAAGUUAUGGGAGAAUCCAGCAGGAUGGCUGCUUUGCUUACCUUCAAAAUUAAGAGGCUCCACUGUGUAGUACUGUCUCCAGUCUUGCCCAUAGCUAAUGACGUCUAAGUACCAAGGAGCAGAAAGGAUUGCCGGGAAGCCGGAUGAGGUGACUUGUUUCAGCUCCUCUAAAUAAUUUUCACUCUUCCACACUUCAACCACUGUGUCCGGCUGAAGCUAAAGGUGCAGAUUGCAAUCACAGUAUUAGGUCUACCAAAUACAGUCUUUAAGGCUUUCUAAGAUCUUAGAAAAAAAACCAUCCGUCCCUUUUCCUAACAGUCAGGGCCAUGUGCUAUUCCCUCACUGUGUUUUCAUUGCUGUUCACCUUUCAUCAGCCCUUAAUACUGGACAUUAACCUCUGUUAUAGCUGACACCUCAGAGACUAAAGAACUCAGGGUAAGGUGUGCACCUUGAUCCCAUUCCCACCACACCAGUGUUCUACUUAACUUAAAACCAUGAGACUAUCACCAGUCCCUUAGAGAUAACAGUGGUACCUGGGCUUGUAAGAUACACUACAAAUAAACAAUAAGGGAAAAAUAUUUCUUAAAAGUGUAUAUUCAUUUUACCUAUUUUAAAACCACUAUGUUUUUAAAAACCUCAUUUGGUGUCUGUUUUGCUCCUAAAAACAAAAAGGAACUUAAUUCAAAAUACUUGAACUUGUGAGACAGCAGGAGCUUGGGGAAGAAACUAGAAGGAACAGAGGGUUGUCCAUAUUACUAAUAGCGUCCUGUGUCUGCAUGUUGUAGUGCAUGCACGGGCAGGCUUGCCAUCCUGCUCUGGUCACUGCAUUCCCUCAAGUGCCACUGAACCUGGAGCUAUGCUGGAGCCAGCAAGUCCCAGCAACCUUCUUGCCCCAGCCCUGAUGAUGUUUGGGUUACAGGUGUACACUAGGCCAUGCUUGCCAUGUUGUCGUUCAAGACAGGCUUUCUCUGCCCUGGCUGGUCUCGAACUCACAGAUCAGCCUGCCUCUGCCUCCCAAGUGCUGGGAUUAAAGGUGUGUGCCACCACAGCCCAGCCAACUUGGCUUUAUUUUUAAGCUCUGUUCUUGACAAUUUCAUGUUUGUCUCUAAUGCAUAGUGAUUAGUCUCUCCCUUGAAUCCCCAGUGCCUUCCCCUGACUGAUGACUUGGUUUGCGUGACCACUGGACUGGUGCUGUCUGUGGGACCUGGUAGGGUCACCAGGGUCACACACUGAAAGUAUUGCCUCCUCUCCUUGAAUCUGUCUGUAGCAAAGAGUUCCGCAGUGAAGAAUGGAGCCCUCCAGAUCUCCAUCAUCCUGACUGCUGAACACCCAACUUUAAAGCGGGUGCUCAGGCUAGUACGGCAGGCAGUCUUUCCCUGCCCUGAGUGGAGUCUUCACAGUUCUUACCUCCACGUUGUCAUCAAAAACCUCUUGCCAAACAAUGGAGCCCUUCUUUAAGGAUGUAACAAUGCCCAAAAUC